GUCAUGGAGUUCGAGGCCCAACGUCUGUGUGACAUCAUGUCGCAGCGCUUGGCUUCCGUGGCCAGCCAGGUUGGCGUUGGGAUGCCUGAGGCGGUCUUGCUUCAGGCCCAGGCGAACUCGCUCGUGGCCACCUUCGCCUCCUCGACCGCCAUCAACUUGCAGGUGGCCACGCAGGCGACGCACCGCAUCAACAGCGGACGGUGGACGCCCGACCAGAAGUCCCUGCUUGCGACGGCCUUGAACGACGCUGCCAGCGCGACUGAACUACAGAAGAGGUCGGGGGCUCCGCGGCGCCAGCAGGCGUGCCCUGACCUGCAGUUCUUCCUCGCGGCGUCCGACUGGAACUCCAUGGUGGACCCCAUGCUUCCCGAAGUUGCGAAGGCAUACGCCUUGGCCACUCGCACGUGGAGGCUGGGGAUCACGUGCCCGAACGAGAAGACCCAGAUGGCUGCUGCUGCCAUAGCCCUUACCUGCCACUACUCUGACGUCGCCACGGCCGAUGCGGAGAAGAGGCGUUUCAUAGCUGACAAGGUGCAGUCCAAAAUCAAGGAGCUCGACAAGGCAAAGGUCGACGUCACGAAGAUCACCAUGGUCCACAGGCGCUCGGCGACCGAGUUCAAGGGCAAGGCCAGCUCCAAGCCAAGCACGCCAUCGCCUGCCAGCUCGAGCGACCAGCCGCAAUGCUUGCAGCUGGCGCUUCCCCCGAGUGCCCCGCGGCCUCAGCAACCGACCUGCCCCUUGCAGCUCUCGGCGGGCUUGGCCACUCAGGCGUUCGGCAACGGGGCUGCUGAUGCGCUUGCGCCACUGAUGCAGCAGUUCGGCAUGCAGUUCCAGCAGCAGCACUUUCAGCGCGCCAACAUGCUGCCGUACUCGAGCACGCACCUCUCGCCAGUGCAGGCACUUGCAGAUGCCCCACGCGACGGCGCAGGAGCGGCUGCCGCUGCUGUUGGGGCGGGAGGCAUCCCUAAUACGGCGCCCGCGCAGUCGAAGACAGCCGACGCCGAUGAUGGCGACGAGGCUGCAACCCCCGACGACGAGCUCGAGGCGCUCGAGUCGAGCAUGCUGGCGGUCGCUAAGGCCAAGAAGAAGGGGGGCGCGGAG